GGGCGGUAUCGUGUCCUCUGAUAGCCACCUUUUAUAAGUCAUCCCUUUUCUAUUUGUUUCUUUUUGCGCUGUAACUCUGGUGUGAAAUCAAACAAAAUGUCGGCGCAAGUUAUCUCCAACUCCGGUCAUGAGGACAUGAUUCAUGAUGCUGUCCUCGACUACUACGGCCGCAAGCUAGCUACAUGCUCUGGCGACAAGACGAUCAAGAUCUUCGAGAUUGAGGGCGAGACCCAGCGAUUGGUCGAGACCCUCAAGGGACACGAGGGUGCUGUCUGGUGUGUCGCCUGGGCGCAUCCCAAGUACGGCAACAUCCUGGCAUCGGCUGGUUACGAUGGAAAGGUCUUUAUCUGGAAGGAGCAGGGUGGACAGAGCAACGCAUGGCAGCGAAUCUACGACUUUCCCCUACACAAGGCCUCAGUCAACAUCGUCUCUUGGUCUCCCCACGAGGCUGGCUGCCUGCUAGCAUGCGCCUCUUCCGACGGUAACGUUAGCGUUCUCGAGUUCAAGGACAACAGCAUCGACCACACCACCUUUGCCGCUCACGGUCUCGGCGUCAACUCCGUUUCUUGGGCUCCCGCUACAACCCCCGGUAGCAUUGUGAGCAGCGCUCCUGGCCCUGGUGCCACUGGCAACCGCCGAUUCGUCACUGGUGGCAGCGACAACGUCCUCAAGAUCUGGGCCUUUGACCCUGCUUCUCAGACCUACAAGCAGGAGCGCGAGCCCCUGACUGGCCACACUGACUGGGUCCGAGACGUUGCCUGGUCUCCUACCGUCCUCCAGAAGUCCUACAUCGCCUCUGCCUCGCAGGACAAGACCGUCCGUAUCUGGACAUCUGAUCCUUCAAACCCUACUCAGUGGGAAUCCAAGGUUCUCCCCUUCGAGGCGGCUGUGUGGCGUGUCAGCUGGUCGCUUAGCGGCAACGUGCUGGCAGUCAGUGGCCAGGACAACAAGGUAUCAUUGUGGAAGGAGAACCUACGGGGCGAGUGGGAGUGUGUCAAGACUAUUGAGGAAUAGAGUGUGGUGACGUACAACAUGUUGAUGGAUACAAAUAGGAGAGCCAGGCGUUCAAGGCAAACAAAAAGGUGAUUAUCUUGCUAUGGCCUCUUGAACACAGUAUUGAACGAGAUGCGAAGAUGCGAGUCUCUAGCCUUGUACUAUAGAAGACGCCAGUUGUGCCCAACACAAGGGCUGGAGUCGAUUCUCACCAACACAGGCGCGAUGACGAUGCAAGGCGGGAGACAAGCUUGGUUGGCUCGUGAGCAUAGAGUUAUGAAUUUAAGCAAUGAUGAACUAGGUUAAUGCUAUACACUGUAAUGAUAUUGGAAUGCCCUGAAUGUAGCAGGCCUGCCCCAAACCAAAGCGCCGCAUAAUUCUCAAUAUGCACGCUCACUCAACCUUCAAAUGCCUCGACGACCGGUGCACGAGUACAGUGCUGUCCACUUAGAAGCUUAUGCGAGGAAUCCUCCCAUGAUGACAGCCGCCAUCGUCACAAUCAAUGCAGCUGAGCCAGGCCGCAGAGAAAAUGCCGAGUUGUCAUUAUCAUCGUCAUCAUCGCUGUCGCCCUUAGAAGAGCCGUCUUGGCUAGAG